UGGAGGAGGCGGGAAAGGCAGCGAGGGGGGCCGUCCGACCCGCGCCUCGCCGGUUGCUGGUUGAGGCAGCGGGCAGGGAGCGAUGCCGCUCUUGCCCUGCCGCCUCCCGCGGUGCUGGCGCUGAGGGGGAGGGCAGCCCGGAGGAUGGGCUGCGGCGGGAGCCGCGCGGAUGCCAUCGAGCCGCGCUACUACGAGAGCUGGACGCGGGAGACCGAGUCCACUUGGCUGACCAACACCGACGCCGAGCCCCAGCAGCCGCUUCCCGCCGGCGGCCUGGAGAGCGGCAGCGCCGAGGCCGGCCUGAGAGAAACGGGAAUUUUGGAGGAUAGCAAACUUACUCAGACCUGUGUAACGAAGUCUUCAGCUGUGAGCGGUAUAGCUACUGUUGAGAAGAGAACUCACUGUGGUACGCAGUGUACAAAACCCAUAAGUCACACCACUGGAAUUUCAGCUCCGAAGCAGCAAAAUGGUUUUAGAACAGCAGAGCCCAAAUGGGACAGCAAGAAAAAAGCUACAAAUGAAACCACAAUUAAUGCUGCCAAAAAUAACAGACAAAUGAAUAGCAACAGAAGAGUGACAAAGAACGCUGUCAAUUAAGAGAGCCAAGGAAGGAUGAAUGAAUUUUGCAAUAUUUUGCUGCACUUUAACUGAUUACUUAAUGUGAAGAUUUCAAGAUGUUUUAUUCUGAAUUCACUGGCCACCUGCUGCUGAGUGCCUUUGGAAAAUGCUGUCCAUCUUUUAGCGCUAAACAUCUGCUAAUAUUGGAUGCUUGGACAAAGCAUACUUUUAUUUCUAUAUUGCCAUUUGGAUGAGACUGUGCUAAUGAGUAGCGCAUAGCUUGAAAUGUUUGU